UCAGCCCUCACGCUUCGGUCGGAUGAUGACAGUCGGCAGUCGAGUCGGUCGACACUUGGAAGUCUUUCGUCCUGCAUGCAGACUGAAGUCCCUUCAACAAUGUCUGUUCACUUUUUGCACUCUCAGCCAGCACAGCUCAAUGUGGCGCCGUUUGACUCGAGCUCCGUCACAUGACGAAAAAAUAGUCAUUGUCAUUGGUUGGAAUUGUCAGUCAGCUGUUUAGGCCAGCAGAUCAGCUGCCCGGUAUAGUCAGCUAUGCGUAACCUCGUGACCAAUGCUCCACCAAGUCCCUCGAGUUUCAUCUAUUUGUGCAGUUACAGCACAGACAACGAGCGCGGAUCAAAGCUUCUACGGACAUGCCCCCACGAUCCUUGUGCCUGUAGCGGUUCAAAGUAGUUGGCAGACUAGACUGGCAUCCCACCGACUCGAUACUUCCAAGACAAAUCUGUGGAAAAGAGCGUAACGUCGUUUGUUUGUUGCCCAUCGCUGAGCUGAGAGACUAAUCCGGUUAUUCAGACAUAGCGCUGUCGGAGCAGCGCACUCAGUCACUACACGCGAUGGGUGAGCUACCAGCAACGUACGUGGAGGGGUUUCAUGACAAGGAGGCAGUGCUUCGUAUGCCAUACCGUGUCCUGGGUAAAACUGGUCUGAGUGUAUCCAUCAUCAGCCUAGGUGCGUCCUCGCUGGGUAGCGUGUUUCACGCAACCAACGAGGAGGAGUGUAUUGAGCUGGUCAAGGAGGCGGUGCGCUCCGGUAUCAACUACAUCGACGUGGCACCUUUCUACGGGCAAACCAAGGCUGAGACCGUGCUGGGAAAGGCACUGAAGGUCAUCCCUCGCCAGGCGUACUACCUGACAACUAAGGUGUGCCGCUAUGGGGCGACACCCGAGGACAUGUUCGACUUCUCCUAUGAGCGUGCAGUGAAGAGUGUUGAUGAGAGCCUUGCCCGCUUGAAUGUGGACUGCAUUGACAUAUUGCAGGUUCAUGACAUGGAGUUUGCUCCCAGCUUGGAUAUUGUGUUGAAUGAGAGUUUACCGGCCGUAGCUGCCAUCAAGGCGGCGGGCAAGUGCAAGUUCAUUGGCAUCACCGGCUAUCCAAUGGACAACUUCCGUAACGUGAUCGAGAAGAGCAAAGUGCCGAUCGACUCCAUCCUCACAUACUGCCGAUACAGCCUGAACGACACAUCCCUGUUGGGCUUGCUGGACUUCCUGGUGGAGCGUGGUAUUGGCAUUGUCAAUGCCUCGCCAAUCUCAAUGGGCCUGCUUUCCAACCGUGGACCACCAGAGUGGCAUCCUGCAACUGAGGAAAUAAGGGUCGCUUGUAAAGCAGCAGCCGAGUACUGUAGCGAGCGUGGCAUUGACAUUGCAAAGCUGGCAAUGGCGUUCUCGCUGGCGCACACAACGAUCAGUACGACCCUCGUCAGCACAUCAAGCAUUGCCAACCUGCGCCGCAACCUGGCUGCUGUUACUGCUGUGCUCACCGAAGAUGAGAAAGCCGCGAUGGAGCACGUCAGGAAAGAAAUAUUCGACAAGCUCUCGUCGCCGCACUGGGAGCAGAAGGAAGUUGAUAAGUACUGGGAACAACGUGGUGGCAAGCCACAGUCUGCUUGAUGUGAGGCUAGCCUACCCUGCUCAGAGCCACAGCUUCGGUGUGCUGGUGCGGCGUAUCAUCAUGCAGCUGCAACGCACUGACGUAGACCGUAGUGUGUUCCGGUGUAUACACCGUUAGGAAAUUGAGGCCGCGGUGAGAGGGCACCUACUCGAGAUUGGUGCACUCCCUACACAACAGCUAGUAUGGAUUUAAAAUCAGAUGGAAGUUAACUUUAUGUACACUGUACCAUUACUUAUUCUCCUUUGGGACGUACUACGUAUUUUAGUAGUCAAUUUUGACACCCAAUUCAUGAUUAUUCAUGAUUAUUUUUCCGAAGAUGGCCUGGUGCCAUUACUAUUACCCGGUAUGAUCACCACAACGCAAGAGGUUCAAAGAAAGACAUAACCAGAACA